CGAAGGUAGGCUGGCGGAUACGUUCCUUGGCUUACUCCUUUCUGCCUGCGGACACCGCCGAGGAAGCAUCGUCGAGUUCUCUCUUCCCACCGCCGUCAUGUCGAAGUCAGAGUCGCCGAAGGAGCCCGAGCAGCUGCGGAAGCUCUUUAUCGGAGGGCUGAGCUUUGAGACGACCGAUGAGAGCCUGAGGAGCCAUUUUGAGCAAUGGGGCACGCUCACAGACUGCGUGGUAAUGAGAGACCCGAACACCAAGCGCUCCAGGGGCUUUGGGUUUGUCACCUACGCCACCGUGGAGGAGGUGGAUGCGGCCAUGAACGCAAGGCCACACAAAGUGGAUGGAAGAGUUGUGGAACCAAAGAGGGCUGUGUCGAGAGAAGAUUCCCAAAGACCAGGUGCCCACCUCACUGUGAAAAAGAUCUUCGUGGGUGGCAUUAAAGAAGACACUGAAGAGCAUCACCUCCGAGAUUACUUUGAGCAGUACGGGAAAAUCGAGGUGAUUGAGAUCAUGACUGACCGAGGCAGUGGCAAGAAGAGGGGCUUUGCUUUCGUGACCUUCGACGACCAUGACUCCGUGGAUAAGAUUGUCAUUCAGAAAUACCACACUGUGAACGGCCACAACUGUGAAGUGAGGAAGGCCCUGUCGAAGCAGGAGAUGGCCAGCGCUUCGUCCACCCCGAGAGGUCGAAGUGGUUCUGGAAACUUUGGUGGUGGUCGUGGAGGUGGUUUUGGUGGCAAUGACAACUUUGGUCGUGGAGGAAACUUCAGUGGUCGUGGUGGCUUUGGCGGCAGCCGCGGUGGUGGUGGUUAUGGUGGCAGUGGGGAUGGUUACAAUGGAUUUGGUAAUGACGGUGGUUAUGGAGGAGGCGGCCCUGGUUACUCUGGAGGAAGCAGAGGCUAUGGAAGUGGUGGACAGGGUUAUGGAAACCAGGGCAGUGGCUAUGGCGGGAGUGGCAGCUAUGACAGCUAUAACAACGGCGGAGGCGGCUUUGGCGGUGGUAGUGGAAGCAAUUUUGGAGGCAGCGGAGGCUACAAUGAUUUUGGCAAUUACAACAAUCAAUCUUCCAAUUUUGGACCCAUGAAGGGAGGAAAUUUUGGAGGCAGAAGCUCUGGCCCCUAUGGUGGUGGCGGCCAAUAUUUUGCCAAACCACGAAAUCAAGGUGGCUAUGGCGGCUCUAGCAGCAGCAGCAGCUAUGGCAGUGGCAGAAGGUUUUAAUGACUGCCAGGGAAGAAUCUGCUACACGCUUAUCAGCUCUUAAUAAAAAAAUAAUUAUAAUUAAACCCAGAAACUCCUGUCCAUGGCUAGAAAGGUAAGUUUCUAUAAAAUAAUGGUCAGCCAAGAGUUCUCCAUAUUGCCAAAGUAAAAGGGAGAAUUACCAACACCCAAGCACAAGGUCCAAUUGUCCAUAGCCAAAGCAGCCAGAACCCCAGUGGUGGCAGUUAGCGGAUGGCAGAUCCCUGUCCUAAUGCGUUAACGACUUCACCCCUCUCUUUCCUUUGCAGGAACAUCCUUGUGAGGACAACCUUUGAGCCACUCCAUUUCUCACUGCUAUGCAGUUGAUACUAGCUGUUUUGCAGCUGUAAUCAUUCAUUCCAUUUUGUGAAUGAGCUUUAUGAAUAAUAAAUCAUUUUAUAAAUA